AUGGCGGCCGACUGGUGGAACGAGUUCUCAAACAAUCUUGCUACCGAUUUGGCUCCGCUCAUCUCCCUCUUUGGAGAGGCGCCUACGAAACAAUACCUGAGCGAAUGCUUGACCAAGACGGACAUAAUCAUCUUUUCGAUGGCACCUCUAGGUAUUAUCACAACUGUCGUGUCAGCAAUCCGGGUCUGUGGAACACCGUCCCUUAGAGCAUUCAUCGGGCGAGCCCAGGAGGGAGCUGGCAACGCUGAAGCAGAGCUUUGCUCAUCUACAAGUCGAGAAGUUUGUGAGCUCUAUAACAAUGGAGGCAUUGCCCGUGUUUUUGGGCGCCCCAAGCUUCUGGAAAUUGUGCAUGAUCCGAAUGCUACAAUCGAAGACUUUUAUCCGGAGCACCCUGAUUCUCAUGCUGUGGCUGGAAUCUAUUUAUUUAAAGAUUAUUUAAAGAAAGAUAACCAGGAAUGGAGAGAAGUGGACAAGCGCCCAGGCGAUGAAGAAAAUGAGUCCUCACUGGAUGAUAACGACACGAAAGAUCCACGCUUUGCGAUAAACCCAAAUCUUUCCCUAAACGUAGGGAUAAAACAAGGCUCAAGACACUGGUUUACAGCCGCUGCUAUACUUGGUGCCCUGCUGCAAUCCGGUGUUCUCGUCUGGGCUGCAAUUGCUAGAUAUAAGUUUAACGACGUGAAACGAGACUUGCAAGACACCUAUGCCAUUCCAUUGGCUGUUAUUGGCACCUUUCUUCUAUGCUUUGGAACAGGGCUUUGCGCAAAUUUGAUUGAAAGCAGCACCAAGGAACGGGUUUUCGAAAGGAACCCUAAGGAGAAUGGAGCAAGCGCAUCCCGACUGUACUGGGUUCAGCCGGGCACUCAGUUUGUUGGGGACCAGGCAUUUGACUCGUUUGCAUACACGCACUCAGAGGGUGAGUUCACCCGGUAUAUCACCUCCUGGAAGACGGGAAAGGGCAAAUACAACGGGGUAGGAGUAUGGGUUGCGAUCAGCUGCACAUCUCUCGGAUUUUUAUUACAAUUCCUUGGCCUCAGGGCUUGCCACUCGUCAGUAGCAGUCGCUCAGCUAGGAGUAACGCUAGUCAUGAGCGUAGUACGCUCAAUGCUUCGUGCGAAUCGAUUAAGCGAUGAAGAAGUUUACCUUGUGGAUUCCCCUGACUUAUAUAAGGGGCAUGAGCUGGACUGGCUUGCCCUUGAACUCAUUACUGGGCCGCAGUCAGGGAAUAAAGCACAUAGACUGGAUAAGUUUGGAUCGAGAUUGACUGUUUCACCUUGCCAAUACGCAGCUGUACGUCUCUCAGAAGUAUGCUGGAAGCUUUCUAAUCCGACCAACGCAGAGAAAGGGCUCUAUUCAACUGAAAAUAUAUAUUUCAUACGGACCUCUGUUCACCAUGGUGGUAAUUGCAUAUUAUCUGGCUUUCGAUUGGAGAAUAGCGAAUCUGGAGAAUCACAAGCCAUACAGAGACAAUGCCAGACCCCCGAAGAUUGGUGGGAUUCUGGUGCGGCUAUACCUGAGAAAUGGGCUUCUCAUCUCCGAUCUGCACCAGAUAGAUGGCGUGUUACUGAGCAGUCAAACUCCUCGGCGGAUAAGACACCAGAUAAGCUGGCCAGAGCCUUUAUGUAUGGAGCCCGGUUACAUCAUAUGGCGUGUGAUUGGGAUGAGAAGCUUGUCCCUGUGCGGGUGGUUGCGCAAAGGUUAGCUCAGGCUAUUGCGUCCACGAUGCACAUAUUAGAUACUACCGACGCCAGUUGGAAGGAGGGGUGGCGCUCAGCUUUUACUUUGUUUUGGGCGGUCCCGUGUAAACUGGAAGAAGAAGAAAAGGGUACUGAUACCAGUGGGAAUAUUUACAUGUCACUAAAACGUGAAGUCGGCGAGGACGGCCGUGGUAUAUCUACGUGGUGCACCGAUAUCGUGGAGUUGGAGGCUGUUCUUGGUUUAUGGCUGUGGUCACUUCGACAUCUGAACACAAAAACCGAUACAUCUUUUAAACGCAUACUUGCUAUGAAGGCACAACAUUCCGCUGGGACAGAUUUCACCUCCAGCUUUAACCUCUGGAGCAAUGGCGGAAACUUUGGCAUUGAAGAAACUGAAGUCGACCUAAGCCAACAGACACGUCCGCUAUUCGGCCGGCAUAAUGUUCCUUCCGAGUACCAUUCGAAACGGACCACGGUUCUAGGAAUCACAUCACACAUGGCAAGCUUGCCAGCGAUGUGUGCCCAAGAAAUAUACUCCAUAUAUUUCGCUUCGAUGGUGCAUAUCAUUAAGAAUAUAGGUGGAAGAACAGAUGUUCGGAGCUCUGGUGACCUGACACUUGUCAAUUCAAACCUCUCCCAAAUUCAAGACGCCUUCAUUAGAAGUGGGCUGGGAAAUGAUCGCGACUUUUUAAUCUGUACCCUUCCUGCCUUUAUUACCAAGGGAAACCUUCCCUCGAUCCUAGAAGUUUUAACUAAUACCGAGAAAACGGCGGAAACGUACGUCAAGGACGGUUUGUGGCUGGAGACUGAAAAGCUGCUAUCGUGGGCCCUACUGCACAGCCAACAGCUUAAAAAUACCUCGGAUCAUGAUGAGGGCAGGAUAAAAGAAGUUGAAUAUCUCAACCGCCGGCGCCUCCUCACACUUUCCUUAUGCGAGUGCUACCGCAAAGCGUUAUUAAAGGGAGAAGUCGAAUUUUGCCUCAGUGGUAUUACAAGGAUGCUCAACACUCUCCAUGAACAAGAACACGUUCCCCUGAAGGUUACAGACAGCCCUCGGGCAGAGGGAAUAGCGAAAUUUAAAGACAACUCCAAAGGAAAGGAGAACCAAGAGUCGACGGUAAAAGAGAAUUCUCAAACACUUGCUGAUGCAGUCAACUCAUAUGGUCUUGCUAUAAAUGAAAUUAUUUAUUCGAAGUUCAAGGAAAUGUUACCAAAGCUAGCAGCAGAAAUAGCAACCCUACAGUCAAAGCUGGAUACAAAGCGGAAUCCGCUUCUACAUGUUGAUUCCGAUCUCCCUAGCCGCCAAACGACAAAUAUCAUUGAACAAAAGGGAGCCCUCCUUCUAAAAGCAAUCACUGAUGGCUCGCUAGCAUCUACCCUUUCCCUUCUAGACGAGGAAUCCGCUAUUAGUGACGGGGCAAAUGGGGGACAAGCACUUUCCCAGGCAGUCAAACAGGGCUGGAUUUCAGUUGUUAAAGCUCUGGUAGAGUACGGUGCAGCCUUACAAUGGAGAGAUAGCGAUGGCCGCAGCACAAUAUCAUUCGCUGCAGAAAGGGGGGAUAUGAACUCGUAUGAUUAUCUUCAAGCGCGAGGCGCCUUCCCAGGUAUUGCGGACAACCUCUCCCGGACGCCUUUAUUCUAUGCUUCAAGCCAAGGCCAUAUUGCCAUUAUGAACAACCUUUUGUUCACAGGAAGGGUGGAACCAGACUCCCGAGAUAAGUAUGGCAAAACACCAUUGUCCAUAGCGGCUGAAAAUGGACAUUUUGAGGCUGCGAGAUUCCUACUUUCUACAAAAAUGGUAAAUGUGGAUAAUCUGGACAAUACUUCAAGGACUCCAUUGUCUUGGGCAGCUGGUAACGGUCAUGAUGAUGCGGUGAAGUUUCUACUUACAAGUAGUGACUGUAAGCCAGAUAUCCAGGAUAAGGAAGGCAAGUCUGCAUUAAAUUGGGCGGCAAGAAACGGGCACGAUAAAGUUAUCAAGACACUGCUGGUUUGCAAAGAGGUGAACCCUAAUCUUAAAGAUGCAGAAGGGAGAACACCGCUUUUCAAUGCUGUGUUGUCAAAUCACCCUCAAGCAAUUGAAGCUUUGGGGGAUAAAGAGGCAGUGGAUGUGAACUCACCAGAUAAAUUCGGUUAUUCACCGCUCCACUUCGCCGCAAAGGGAAGUCGUGAAACAUUGCAAACGUUGAUGAAAACGAAGAGCCUGAAUGUCAACUUUCAAGGAAAAGGCGGGCUAACGGCUUUGCAACAUGCCGUGAGGUACAAACACUAUGAGGUGGCUGAAGUUCUGAUUAAUGUAGAGGGCAUGGACCUAAACGCACAAAACUCUGAGGGAACAACAGCCCUAUCGUUAGCGAUACGCAUAAAUAACCUACGAAUGUUUAACCUGUUGGUGGAUACGCAAAUGGUAGACUGCAAUUUGAGUGACAAUUCGAAUAUGACACCGCUCUGCUGGGCAGCCGGAUCACAGAAUGCUGAAAUGGUCGAUAUACUGGUGAAUAAAUACGGAGUGAAUGUUAACGUCAACACCGACAAUGGGGGCCCUCUAUUGCAGGCAGCAGAGUACUGUCACCUUGAGAUCAUGAAGCUCCUUCUUUCUCAGAAAGAAAUAGACGUUAAUGCGCAAGAUGGAUUGGGAUCUACUGCUCUACAUAUUACGGUUUCGAAAAUGCAUAUUCAUCCUGACGCUAUCGAAGCAACGAAGCUGCUACUUGAGCAUGGUGCAGAUCCAAACAUACAGCUCUUUGAGGAAGGAUGGUCACCUUUGCACGUUGCAGCGAAGUUCAACUGUCUAAAAAUGUGUUCUUUGCUAUUGCAGGUGGAAGGGAUAGAGUUGAACCUGAAAACUCCGGAGGGCAAAACACCACGAGAUUUUGCUUGGGAUGAUAAACAUUACGCUCUAGCUGAAGAAUUAGAAUCCAAAGGUGGUAAGCGAGGCUAUCAAGUGGAGAAAGUUCAGAAAUAA